UACGAAGCUCUGGCUGGAGGGCUCAGACUCGCCCAAGCCCUGAAGAUCGACCGGGUCAGUAUCAAAUCUGAUUCCAGUUUGAUCGUCGGGCAAGUGACCGGUAACAUGGAAGCUAGAGAAGGUCGAAUGGCGCAGUACAAGGACUUAAUACUUGCCUUGUUGAAAGGCUUUGAGGAAUUCAAGAUCGCCCAAAUCCCCCAGGCGGAAAAUGCAGAUGCAGACCUUCUCUCCAAAUUGACGCAGUAUGCUCCCGAGCAUGUUUCAAAACUUGCCCGGGUAGAAAUUCUUGAUCAUGCCAGCAUUGAAAAAUUGGAAGUAGCCGCCAUAACAGGGGAAAGCCAGUCUGACCGGUCAAACUUGGUCGGGGCGGAUGACAACUGGAUGUAUGAUCUGAUGGAAUACUUGAUGGAUGGGACCUUGCCGGAACAAGAUGACCGGGCAAGAAAAGUUAAGCUCAGGGCACCCCGGUUCCAAGUCCUUGACGGAAAGCUGUACAAGAGGGCAUUCGGGGGACCCCUACUGAGGUGCCUAACCAACCGGGAGGCUGAACGAGUCAUAGCAGAAGUCCAUGAAGGUGUAUGCGCAGCAUGCCAAAUGUCCCGCACCCUUUCACAGCGAAUCAUCUUGUUGGGGUAUUACUGGCCAACAAUUGUCCAGGAUUGCGAGAGGUACGUUCAGAAGUGCAGAACCUGCCAGCUGUUCUACAAGUACCCCGGUAGGCCGGCGACCUACUAUCACCCCGUAUCAAAUGUCAUCCCAUUCGCCAGAUUUGGGGUUGAUAUCAUCGGAGCGUUCCCAAUUGCCCAAGGGGGGAAGAAAUUUGUAAUCGUGGCCAUCGAUUACUUCACCAAGUGGAUUGAAGCCGAAGCCUUGGCCAAUAUCACCACGCAGCAAUGCAAGAAGUUCAUUUGGAAGAACAUCAUCACCAGGCUGCCCAUCGAAGCCGAAUUCCCAACGUUUCGGGAAUCAAAUUAUCAACCCCAGCAGAACGAGGAAGAUCACUUGGCCGAACUCAACUUGGUCGAAGAACGGAGAAUGGCUGCGGAAGUUAAAAUGAGCACAUAUCAACAAGUCGUGAAGAAAUACCAUGACAACAAGGUUGGACCGCGAUACUUUCAAGUCGGCGAUGAAGUCUUGCGAAGGAGGGAGGCUAGUAGACCGGGAGAUGGAGGAAAGCUGGCCAAAAACUGGGAAGGGCCUUACCGGGUGAGAGCUAUCAUUCGCCCGGGAACCUACCGGUUAGAAACUCUUGAUGGUGUACCGGUUGAAAGAACCUGGAAUUCCCACCACCUUCGCAAGUUCUACAAGUGACUGUAAUGCUAGGCAAGGCCUACUUCAAUUAUCAAUCAAAUCAAAGUUCGAUACUCUACAUGGUAGCAGCAGAAUUGAUAGGUCGAACCUAUCCUAGGAGGGCUUCCCGGGUGGAUCGGAUCCACUCGGAUAAGCCAACUGAGACACAGGCCCGGACCUGGCACGCUGGUUACUACACCGGUCUUGCUCAGUAUAAUAGAAAAAAUAUUAAAA